UCUCUGAUCUCGCAGACCUAAGGAUGCAAGGAAUGUGAUCUCGCGGGAUCUUUCUUCUGUAAUCUGAGGUGGCUGGCUGCUUCUCCAGUGUGUCUACAUGUACAUCGGCAUCUCUGAGCAACCGCCUUCCUGCAGUAUUCCCCUGCUGCCUAGUCGCACCAAAGAAACACCGCUUUUGCCUACGCAACUACGUCAUCCUCCUACAUCUAAACGCAAUUCCAGGGUAACCUGACUCGAGCACUACAGUAGGGUGCUGUGUCACCUCUGCGUUUCUCAGCGUCGCUCCCCCGUCCCUCUUCUUCGAUUUCCCCGAUCGGUGUCUUUCCUCUCCCAUCCUUCCUGACGGUGCCUGGCCUCCAGAACGAGCGAAGCCCAAGAAUGGUGCCCUGUUCAGAGAUGCUGGCGGUAGUUCUAUUUGGGGUCUCGAUGCUGCGUUUCGUCUCGGCUCAGAGCGCCGGGUUUGUGAAGUCGCCCAUGUCAGAGACAAAGCUCACGGGAGACACCUUUGAGCUGUACUGCGAUGUGAUUGGUAACCCCACCCCCGAGAUCCAAUGGUGGUAUGCCGAAAUCAACCGGGCCGACUCCUUCAAGCAGCUGUGGGAUGGCGCCCGCAAGCGGCGCGUCUCCAUCAACACGGCCUACGGCAACAACGGGGUGAGCGUGCUCGGCAUUACACGCCUCACGCUGGAGGAUUCUGGGACCUAUGAGUGCCGGGCCAGCAACGACCCGCGCCGCAACGACCUGCGCCAAAACCCGGCCAUCACCUGGAUCCGAGCCCAGGCCACCAUUUCCGUUCUGCAGAAGCCUAGGAUCAAUGCCUCCGAUCACUUGGUCAUUCCUGCGGAAUCCCACUCCCCAAUCACCCUGCAGUGUAACCUGACGAAUGCUCCCAGCACACACAGUGAGAGCUUCUGGAUGAAAAAUGGGGAGGAGAUUCUUGGAACACGUGGUGUUCUUAAGAACACAGAGUUCAAACUCAGCAAACCAAGAGCAGACGAUUCUGGUGAAUACAUGUGCGUUUAUACCUUUCAGACGGCACCACCUGCCAAUGCCACUAUUGAAGUGAAAGCUGCUCCUGGUAUUACCAGCUACAAACGCAGUGAGAACAAAAAUGAAGGUCAGAGCGCUAUGCUGUACUGCAAGUCUGUAGGCUAUCCACAUCCUUUCUGGACCUGGCGCAAGCUGGACGGGUCCGUUUACAGGGAAAUAGACAACUCCACUGGCCGCUUUUUCAUCAGUAACAGGGACAACUACACAGAGCUGAACAUUCAGAACCUGGACAUCAGCACGGACCCGGGCGAAUACCAGUGCAACGCCACCAACAUCAUCGGCACCAUGUCCAUAACCUCCGUGCUGCGGGUCCGCAGCUACCUGGCACCCCUCUGGCCUUUCCUGGGUGUGCUGGCGGAGAUCAUCAUCCUGGUUGUCAUCAUCGUGGUGUACGAGAAACGCAAGCGGCCUGACGAGGUGCCCGAAGACGAUGAACCAGCGGGUCCAAUGAAAACAAAUUCCACCAACAACCACAAAGAUAAAAAUCUGCGUCAGAGGAACACUAAUUAAGCAGACUGCCUAUACAUUGGAGAUCACUAAAUGGAUAUGUUGACAAUAUGAAGGUAACUGAGGAAGGAAAUCCUGACUAUUCUGAAUGAAACUUUUCUGGUCUCAUUUGGAGUUCAAUAGUAACAAAACAUUGAUAAGAACAAUAAAACAUGGCUGUUUUAAUCAUGCCUUAUUCAGUCAUAUGUAAAGAU